UCUGCCUACCAUUAUAAGAAGAGCAGGAAUUUCAACUUCUUUAAGUUAUUUCAAAACUCAAGAAUUGAAGUACCCCAAUCAUGGAGGAUACCAAUCUCACCACAUUGGAUCUCAAUGUAACAGCCAAUGACAAUCAAACUGGAUACCAAUAUGUCAUCUCAACCUCUCAAGUAUCUUUUCUUGUUGUCAUGGCGAUAGUUAUCAUUGCGUGCAACCUUGGUGUUCUGCUGGUGCAUCAUUUGACCCCAGCACUGCAUGUACCCAUCAGUGUCUUCAUCAAGUCUCUGGCGUACGCUGACCUUUGGGUGGGAGUCAACUGCGCGCUCAACAUAGGUGUGACUUAUGCAGGAGGAUUCGCAGGAGGAUGGCCAUACGGCCUUUGGACAUGCGAGCUGAUCGGAUACCUCCUGCUUGUGGUAGUCCUGGUUAGCAUCACGACCCUGACCUGCAUCAGUGUGGAACGCUACACAGCCAUCCAGAAUCCAGUCAACUACCGCGCCUUUGUGACCUACAAGCGGACUCGCAUCUGUGUCAUCAUGGUCUGGGUGCUGUGUGGUCUUGUCUUCUUGCCGGCAUUCUUCAACUGGGGCAGGGACAUCGACAUCCAGGGAAGCUGUCCUCUCUUCUGGCGGUACAACAUCUCUUUUGGAUUUUUUCUCAUCUCCAUCUUAAUCAUCCCAAACCUCCUGGUAUCCAUUAUCUGCUACAUCCGCAUCAUCCACACCCUGGUUGCUAGGCAACGCUGGCUGCAAACCACUGGAAGCACGUACAAGGGCUCUCCGCAACAGAUUGCUAACCAGAAGCAACAGGAGAAACUCAUGGCCAAGAUCGGCCUGGCCAUCAUGAGUGCCUUCUACAUCACCUGGUUGCCCUACGUAGCAUCUAGUUUCAUCCGCUACCUUGCUCUUGCUGAUAUCCCUCAAGGACUUUACAAUGGAACCUUGUAUCUUGGAAUCAGUAACAGCUUCCUCAACUGCAUCAUCUACAGCAUCUCACAUCAGGCUUUCCGAGAUGGUUUCAAGAGCUUGAUCAAGCGAUGCUGUUGCCCUAAGCAGAAUACAUCUUCUCAGAUGGAGUCUUCUGGUUGGAGCAGGAGAAGAACAGGAAGCAACAGUCCAUCUACAGUCCAUGAAACAUCCAUACAUAUUCACAAAAUUGAUAUGAAUCAGAUUGAAAGCCAACCUCUAAAAGGGAUAAAACCAUUGGUAUAGAGACCAGUAUAUGAACUAAAAGUCAGCAUAUGUGAAUAAAAGAUAUCACCUGGAUAUUCUUUUAGAUCAGAAUAAAAAAGGAUCCAAGAAUUUUAUGGAAACACAGUAUAAAGAGCUGAUUUAAUUUGCAUCAUGCCCAAUUUCAUGUUUAUCCAAAACAGUGGAGUAGAAGCUGUGCUAUGGCACCUAUAUGUAUAUUCCAACUCAUAACUUUAUUUAAAACUGACUUCAGAAACAGAAGGAAGCCUACUUUAUUUACAAACACAUAUAAACAUGACAUUUUAAUGAUUAAACCCUUGGUUGAUAAAAUGUCUGAAAUGCUGAUAAAAUUACCCGGUAUUUAAAACUGAAAAAUAUUGCUGAUGCAUAGAACUGUACAGUGUACAUCAAAUAUUCAUGCUUAUUCCUUGAAAUAUUUUCUUCUUUCUUGAUAGAAAUGUGGGUGUACCAAUAUAAAUUGUUUCAUAUGUAACUAAUUCAUGACUAAUUCUGGCUCUGAACAAGCAGACUCAUUAAGAAGUUUUGUACAUAAUGUACCAUCCAAAAGCUACUGUAUUGCCUACAAAUACAUAUUUCAAAUUAGCUUUCCAUGUAUAACCAUGAUCUUUUAUCCAUAAUUAUUAUGUUAACAAUAAUAAAAUGUUAUAUUGUGUACAUAUAUAAAUAAACAUGGGGAAUUUACCAACCUAUAAAAUUUACUCUCAUAUGAAAAUAGUUAAAAUUAUAAAUGGUUAUCUGGAGUAAUAAUGAAAUGUUUCAAGUAGUAAUGAAAUGAUUCUUUGAGAACAAGUACUUUAAAGUUGUCAACAAAUAGUAAAGAUGUCAUGGUCUAGUGGAUACGUCACAGACUGUGGAUCACAUGGUUUGAGGUUCGAGUCCCACUGGGGCACCAAUGUCCUUUGGCAAGAUUUGAAUCUGCAUUUGUCACUCUCCCCCCAGUUGAUGUAAAUGAA